GAUGAAGAUAAUAAACACGCGUUACCAAAAAGAUAUUGUAUUAUUUAUUAUACAUAUUUCCUGAAAUAUAACUCACAUUUAAGCACGUUGAAUGAGUGUAAGGUGACUUGUUAGUCUCCACAAGAACGUUAUGUUAAUGCUUAAGGCACCGGACACACUCCACCCACGGGAGUGAGGUAAGGCAUCUGAACUCCUCCCGGGCGGGGAGUUACGGGGGAGUAUAAAUAUCGCGCAGACGGCGAGCGUGCGCAGUCACCGGCAGCCACGAUGACUGAAAGAAGGAUGUUGGUGUUUCUUACACUCUUAUGUGUCUUAUGUUGUGUUCUAGGUCCAUCUCUUGCAUACAAACUAAACUGCACUUACAGUAAGACCCCUGAAGGCCACAUGUACAGUGUAUCACCUCCAUCAAGUUGCAACAAAAAUGACACAGCUGACUUUAGUUGGUCACAUAACAAGACAGUUUUGGCAACUCGCGAAACGAGGGUACCUGGAGUUGUGACGAGCAAUGUCACCACUGUGGUCAUAGACAGAUAUGUGCACAAGAUGGAGUAUGAAGUAAAUUGUGAGAACCGCCUAGCACGAGCCUCACUGUAUGGCCUCUGUGUUUCUUCUCCACAGGAUUGGGAGCACUACCCGGCCAACUGCAGUGCAAUUGAAGAGGAGAUCAAAGGUGACCAGAGGCGCGAAGGUGAGGAUGUGCUACAAGUCACAGUCUCUGAGAUGAGAUCUUUGUUGGAAGCGACCAGUUUAGAAAGGGAAGCAGUGUUUGUGUCCUCCAUGCUACUGUGUCACAAGACUGUUUCUUUCAUCUCAAUUGUUUUUGUAGCUAACCCCACCACCGUCAAGAUGGUGGUGGGGCUGGUGCUGGCGGUGGCGGUGGCUGGCGGGCUGAUCUAUAAAUUCAGAAAUUGCAUCAAAAGUGGUUGGGUGAAACUACGUGGUGUGAAAGAGACUGAGGGCACCUCGACUGUUGUCUACGUUAGCGAUGGACUAACACAAUGAGCUGAGACCUUCACCUCCACGUAAUUGGUGCUGACAGCCGGAGGUGCUGCCUUGAUCAUUUUCCUUCUUUCCUUACUCUGCGACUUCCUGAAAUUGUCUGACAGCAGAGAUAAGUUUUUACGCUUCAAUCAAACAAAUCAAACAUCUAUAAUAGGACUUUAAUAAUAUGGAUCGACUUUUUGCUUUUUUUCCACGUAUAUAAUCUUGGCAAUGGGACUAAUAUUUCUACUAUUUCUACAAACUAUCAAUGAAUUAGUGAUCAUUCAGGUCAAUCCUGUAUAUAAAUCAGAUUUACUUAACUGUGACCACAGUUGCCUUCAGACAUGUUUAUGACAGGACAUUUAUGACUCACAUUUCCCUUUUUUAAACACAAAAGAAAAAGAUUUUAAGGUUAUUUUUUUAAUCUCAUUUGACGACGCAUCUUCGGUCAGGAGCUGGCUGUGGGAUGCAAACAAAGCACAAACGAUAGUUUUAAAAGUGUAAAAGUAAUAUACUGUACUGUUUACAUACUGUAGAAAGUUCCUGACGCUGUGGAAGCUCAUGGACUCUUUGCUGGGCCAGAGCGUGCACUCUGAGGACCAAAGCUUAGCAGCAAUAAUACUGUAACGCUCCCAGAACUAUUUAUAGAAUAUAUAUAUGUAGUAUAUAUUAUACUACAUUAACUAUUUAGUAUCAUAUAUUUAAUGAUGUAUUUAAUAUUUAUAUAAAAAGCAUGUUUAUAGUGUGGGACAAUGCACAUAAUAUAGUUAUAAUAUACCCCUAUACACAUAUACAUAUACACAUUAUAUAUAAAUAUAUAUAUAUAUACAUGUGGUAAAGCAUUACCUCCUUGAUGGAGGAAUAAUACAUACAGUAUAAACACUAUAUGGAGUUGAUCUGCCUUCUGCGGCCAUAAAAGCUUGCACAACUCUUGGAAGAACCUUCCUCAAAAUGUUUCCACAAAAGAUGCCUUAGAGAUUGUCCUUCAUUGUAGAUAAGAUAUAUUAUAAAAGAAUAAUAUUAUAUAAUCAUAGGAAAGGGUUAGUGUUAAAGGAUGUAUGGUUGUUCUGGAUCAAACUGUGUUGUGAGCCUUUUAUGUCCACUUAUUUAAUGUCCCUGUCUUAAGCUAUUUAACUUGAUUAUUCCUUUUUUUCUGUCAACAAAAUCAUGUUUCACUGUCUUUUCUUACUUCUAAUCAAUAAAAAUGCACCAAAAAAAAAGGUCUCUUGUUUUUAUUGUUCCUGUGGGUGUGGUUUUGAUUGUCUGCUGAUUUUUUUGGGCCAAUCGAGAAGAGGCUGAUGGUGUCACUUGUGAGAAAGUGAAGUUUGUUUAAAGAUUCAGAUUGGAGGUCACUGUUUACUCACACAAUAUGAGAAAGUCAUAGGUUGUUAAUGAAAUAACUUCUUUAAGUUUAUAAAGUGACAAAACCGUCACUGUGGUGGAUAUGCAGGUGUUACAGUAUCAUGAGGAUGACUCAUGCAUGUGGUAUUUUGGUAAGAGAGCUGUGAGUUGGUUUCUGAGAGGAAACUCUCCGAUGGUUUUUUAGGUUUGUUGAGCCUGUCCUGUUUGUACAGUAACUCGUGAUUUGGCCCUUUCUUCAAGGUUCUGUAUAUUGCACAUUCUUAUAGCCUCUGUAUAAACUGUGUGUUUAAACAUAAAGAAACAAUACUGCGAUAUGUGUGGUAUGUGAGGCUAAAUAUGGUCUUUAGAUAAUAGAUCAGUAUCAGUAAGACAACUGUGCGUAUUAAUUAAAGUGUAUGUGUCAACUAAAGGGUGUGGCUCACCUGGCUGAGCGGGUCACUGCCGGUUCUGUUGUAAAUGUGUGUGAUUGACCCAGUAUUUGCUCACUGCUGUCGCUGAAAACUUCCCUGACUGGUUAGUUGACCCCUGCAGUUGUUCAUGAGUUCUGUUCACUGUGCAUAAAGAUGAGUUUGGGCUUGUGACUUGAAUAAACUUAAACUCAGCAGUUGUCAGACA